UCCGUCCGGCACCCGCGCACUUGGCGCCGCGGCUCCUCCGGGCCUGCAGGGGGCGCUGUCGCCGCGCGCGCAGCGGCCGCUCUGCCCGCCGGGGGCAGCGCAGUCUCCGCGUCCGGCCGUCAUGGCGCCCGCCGCGGCCACGCUGUCGCGCCUGCUGUGCGCGGGUGCCUGGCGCCGGCCCCAGCUCUGCGCGACGGUGGCGCGCGGCCCCGUCCGGCCCGGCUGCAGGACGCUGGGCAGCGGCCCGGCCCCGGCCGUCAGCGAGCGCGAGGACCACUGCGGUGUCGGUGGCCUGGCCCCGGACGUCCGCGAGCAGGUCCUCCGGGAGCCGCUCAAGCACGCCGACUUCUUCAACGUGCGGGAGCUCUUCUCCGUGAGGAGCCUGUUCGAGGCCCGCGUGCACCUGGGCCACAAAGCCGGCUGUCGGCACAGAUUCAUGGAGCCCUACAUCUUCGGGAGCCGGCUGAACCAGGACAUCAUCGACCUGGAGCAGACGGCCGCGCACCUGCAGCUGGCCCUCAACUUCACGGCGCACGUGGCCUACCGCGGGGGCGUCAUCCUGUUCGUGAGCCGCAGCCGGCAGUUCUCGCACCUGGUGGAGAGCACAGCGCGCGCCUGCGGCGAGUACGCGCACACGCGCUACUUCAAGGGCGGCCUGCUGACCAACGCCGGCCUCCUGUUCGGCUCCGCCGUGCGCCUGCCCGACCUGCUCAUCUUCCUGCACACGCUCAACAACGUGUUCGAGCCGCACGUGGCCGUGAGGGACGCGGCCAAGAUGAACAUCCCCACGGUGGGCGUGGUGGACACCAACUGCAACCCGUGCCUCCUCACCUACCCCGUGCCCGGCAACGACGACUCCCCGGCCGCCGUGCAGCUCUUCUGCCGCCUCUUCCGGCUCGCCGUCAGCCGCGCCAAGGAGAAGCGCCGGCAGGUCGAGGCCUUGUACCGCCUGCAGGGCGCCGGGCCUGCGCCCUAGCCAGCGCCCUGAGCCUGACCCCGCCCGCUGGCCUGGCGCCCACAGACCGCCGUCCGAGCCGCCGCUCGAGCUCGGGUCUCCCGGGAGCCCCAGCGGCCGGCGCUGCCGCCUCCAGGAAACCACCCGGCUUCUCUCCGUCUGAAUCCCCCGCCGCACGCGGUGCGAGCCCUGGGACCCUCUGGCCGGCUCCCGGCUGCAGAGACGUGCGCGUCCCCACAGAAAUAAAGCCUGGAUUCGG